CUCGACAGUCAAAUACACCGAGCAAAAAGACCGUCUCUCUCUCUUUCUCUCAGUGUGCGUGUGUGUGCGUGUGUGUGCGUGUGUUUGUGUGGUAGAGGCGGAGAAAGAGAAUUUUUCGUUUCGUCCCUCACCACAGCGCCGUAGUACAUAUAGACGAGAGCUGGACAUUUCGUCAGUUAGUUGUAGUGACAGCAGCUGUAGGGCAACUCGACACGUUCCAGUCGCUCCUCGGCGCCCGUUUUAGUUUGUUUUCGACAACAAAUCGUGUUGUCUCAUCGCUUUUUUUUUUUUUUUUUUAAUUUCCUUCUUCUUUUGCGUUUCAUUUUGUCCCGCUCUUUUAAAUAAUCAACGUCAAAGGCCCACAGUUGCAUCAUCAGUUCACGACUUCAAGUGUCCCCGUCCGCCAAACAUCAACAACUCGCUGCGGAUAUAGUUCGAAUACGACGGCCAUCAAAGGAGCUCUUCAACAAAGACCAUCACCUAUGGAUUGAUCCGUUUGCAGUUUGAAACGAAAAAAAAAUAGAGUGUUUAUCAGCCAGACUCGAUCCAUCAAGCACCGCCUUUUGUUUUGGAGGGAGGCAAUCUCGUUUUUGCGUUGUCUGUAAACCAAAAAUCAAAAACGAAAACGGAAGCAAGUCGGUAUGUAUCAACCAGGAAGGAAAAAUCAGCUGUGCCAUCGGUACUACCUGAUGGCAGUUGUUCUCAUACCAGCCCUCGUCUUGGCUCAACCAGACCAGCAUGAAUCGGAUCACGCCCUCGAUCAAGAACAGGUGAUUUCUGACCUGCGUGAAUUGCUCGAUUUGCAGUUCGAUUUGGCCAACAACAGCAACAACGGAAGCGCCGAGAUAUCGCCCGGCACGUUCAUGAAGAGGAUGUCGAAUUUGAGGCAACUGCGCGAUCCGCACACGAUGAACCGGUUGGCUCAAAUGGCCAGACAGAGGCCUCCGCCGCCUCCGCCGUUCGUCUUGCCACCCGGCCGAUUCAAUCAGUUCCGGUAUCCACCGACGCCUUCGACUUUUAUGGGAGCACCGCCGCCUCCUGCUCAGAACUUCCAACCGCAACAGCAAGAACGCCCAGGGCUUUACCUGGGAGGUGAGGGCCAUCUGCACACGCCGCGGCACAACGAACUGUCGGAGAGCAACCGUCGGAUCUUCUUCGGCGACUCCAAGAUCUGCUACACGGAUUCGUGCGAAUUCUUCCUGCUCUGCUGGCUGACGGGCGGCCUGAUCCAGAAGAGUUGCGGUGGAUUCCUCUUCGCCUGCUGCCACCGGCCGGGAAUCAGUCCGGCGCCGCCGACGCCGUACGUCGACUCACUCGAACACCCCGACGUCUCGUACGGACCCGUCAGAAGCGACGCCCAAUGCGGUACGACGCUACAGAGACGGGACACGGCUCAACGGCGUAUCGUCGGUGGAGACGAGGCAGGUUUUGGAACUUUCCCCUGGCAGGCAUACAUCCGCAUCGGUUCGAGUCGUUGCGGUGGUUCUUUGCUCAACAAUUACUUUGUCGUCACGGCUGGCCAUUGCGUCGCCAGAGCGAAAGCGGAACAAGUGAAAAUCACUUUAGGUGAAUAUUCUUUGAAUUCCGAUGUGGAGCCACUGUCGCCGUUGCAAGUCGGCGUCUCCGAGAUCCACGUCCAUCCUUAUUUCAAAUUUACUCCGCAAGCCGAUCGUUACGACGUCGCCGUCCUCCGGUUGGAUCGCUACGUACCUUACGAGCCCCACAUUUCGCCCAUCUGUCUGCCGGAGAAAGGCGACGACUUUCUAGGAGAAUACGCCUGGGCGGCCGGUUGGGGCGCCAUGCAAGCAGGUUCUCGAGUUCGACCCAAGACUCUGCAGGUGGUUGACGUUCCCAUCAUCGAUAACCGACAGUGCGAGGAUUGGCACUCGUCCAAAGGCAUCAACGUCAUCAUCUACGACGAAAUGAUGUGCGCCGGAUAUCGGAAUGGAGGCAAAGACUCGUGUCAAGGAGAUUCGGGCGGUCCAUUGAUGUUGCAACAAAACGGACGAUGGGAAUUGGUGGGUAUCGUCUCGGCCGGCUAUUCGUGCGCCCAGAACGGCCAGCCGGGCAUUUACCAUCGAGUUUCUUACACAACCGAUUGGAUAUCGCACAUCGCUUUCUCUUAAACGAAA